CAGGCGUGUGAUGGCUACCAUUUGACACUAUUCGUCAAUGUGUCGUCUGCUUCUUCUUCCUUGAAUAUUUUGAAACGAAAAUAUUUAUAAGUAACAUGCCGCAAAUAUUUAACAAAUUGAUUAAUUCAAUGUAUUAUUUUACACGUCAUAAAUUUGUGCCAGCUUCUUCAAUUGUUAGAAAUAUGGCCACCGUGAAACGAUUUUAUAGAAGGACGAACAUAAUUUCAAGCGGUGACAAAUUUGAGGUUACUCUAGACCAGAGAAAGUUGAAGACGCCACAAGGUAGAAUAUUCGAGGUGAAUAGUAAAUCUUUGGCUUUAGCAGUGGCUGCAGAAUGGGAUGCACAGAAGGACAUAAUUGAUAGAGGAAGCAUGCACCUGACAUCCUUAUGCAACACUGUAUUGGACAAUCCACACAAUCACUCCAAGAUAGAUCUGGUCAAUCAUAUAGUGAACUGUUUAGAAAUGGAUACAAUUUUGUUUUAUUCGAGUGAGGUGGAUGAAUUGUAUCGAUUACAAGUUGAAAAAUGGGAACCUAUAGUACAUUGGUUUUGCGAACAUUACGAUGUAGAUAUAGCAAGUACUCAGAGUAUACAGAUGCCUACAGUACCUAUCGAAACUAAAGCUGCAUUAACGAGACAGUUGUUGUCACAUAAUUUCAAUAGCAUUUAUGGUCUUGUAUAUGCAGUGGAUGGAUUGAAAUCUGUUAUUCUAACUCUUGCCACAGUUGCAAGAAUAAUUAAUAUCUCAGAAGCUGUAAAUCUUUCACGCCUAGAAGAAGAAUAUCAGAUCUCUCACUGGGGCAAUGUGGAAUGGCAUCACGAGUACAGUAAACAAGAUUUACAGGCUCGUCUAUCAGCGGCGAUGUUAUUCGUAUAUUUGAACUCUCAUUCUGCCACUUCCCGACCCAAAAAUGACGCUCCUAAUAGCCCAAAUCCCACGUAAGCAUAAUGUAGCCGCGCACAAAUGUUAUCGAAAGAUGAUCCAAGACAUCACGGCGCGAACUUCUCUGGCCGAGGUACGCUAUCAGAGAGAUUUGAUCAAACGUGCGCGGGAUGAGUCGCAGCUUCAGCUCCAUUGUGUCCUUUAUCGAAGUAGGCACGCCGUAAGCAAUGUAUGACGCGAAACCGGGGACGAGGACCGAGAAUGCCGGCCGCACUAGGACGGCAUCUGAGGACGAGUAGCUUCAAAAGCCCACGACUACCGAGCGGACAAACGCAAAUGAAACCAGUUCCCGGAGAGCUUACGCACGUCGCACCCAUUGAGCAAGGAUUGUCGUUGCAUGCCGAAUGUUCACACAAAGUCUUAUGGAAGUAACUUUCAGUAAGAAUGGACGUCGACAUCGUUACAGGCGCCGACGUAACGAGAUCAUCUCGAGUCGAACUCGUUGAUGGAACUUUAGUAAGAAAAACAUCGCUAUCACUGCUACUACUAGAACCCUCGCCUUCGUAUCUCGACGUCGUAGUCUUCUCCAUAGUCGUAUAUCUCUUCGUGUAAGGAGAACCACUUGUUCUCGGGGACGUCGAAUGUAUCUUCCAUUUCUAGAGUGGUCGUCGAAGGAAAACUAUACUCGCACAUGGAACCACCAUAAUUCGGUGGACACGAACAAGUGAAACUGUUGAUACCGUCGAUACAGCAGACACACCGCUCCAUUUUGGCAAGGGUUCUCCUUGCAAGGCACGAUUGCCUUGUCACAGUCCUUGCCAGUAAAACCUUUGAUAGAGACAAGAAUUAAUUAACAUGAAAGUUAGGAAAAUUAAAAAAAUCUACGACUCGUGGACAAGAAUAAUCCGCUUACCGAAUAAACAAGCGCAAGUAUAGGAAGAUGGAAUAUUGAUGCAGAGACCACCGUUUCGACAUGGCGAUUCCAAACAUUCGUCGAUAUCCAUUUCGCAGAGGACACCAGUCCAUCCUUUUCGAAUUGUAGUACAUGAAAAGAAGAAAACGCCAUAUCGCGAUAAAAAAAUGUGAAGAAGCAAAAUAUUCUUUAAGCACACCGAGGCGUCAAUUUCGCAAUAUUCUCCUGAAAAUAGGAUAUCAAAAUGAUAUAGAAAUUCUUUUUAUACAUUUGUCAUCACGUUGUACCUGAAUAUCCAUCGAGGCAUUGGCAGAUCCCAUACAUGCAAGGAUCUCCGCUACAAUCCGAUCCUAGUGCAAACACUGUAAUCGCAGUCGAUAGUACUAUCAGAGUAAAAAUAUUUUGACACACGGUCUUCGCAGAUGAUGGACAGUAACUCCACUUACAAGCCAGCCUAAGUAGCCUUACAUACCUUUACAGCAUGAUUAUAGCAUGAUAUACGCAUGUCUAUUUGUCGUUAAUGUAUAAAUGUGUAUGAUGUGUGCACGCGCAUUAAAGUAUGUGUACGUGUGUAUACAUUACGUUUUUCAUAUUUCGUAUAAGAGGAACAAGAUCUACAUAACGUAUAUUAAUGAAAUAUAGAUUUAUUUGUUUCAUAUAUAUUGAAUGAAAGUAAUUUUAUAGAUGCAUCCAACGUAAGAUACAUUUUACCAAUCAUAUUUAACAAUGUUUGUAGCUUCAUUAUAUAAAAGGAACGUGUCUAUGUAGGCCAUGCAAAUUAAUAAAUUAUAUCAGUUAUUAAAAGAAA